UCACGCAGGCGCGGGGGGCCGCGUCGAGAUCCCCACGCGGGAGCUUCUGGAGUCUCCAGCCACCGCUUCUCACUUCAUUGGAGAAGGGAGCUGGGGCUGGGGCCGGGAGGGAGCUAAUAAACAGUGAAUGUGUAGCAGCCGCCUUGGCGGCUGGAGUCCGCCCGAGCGACACCGGAGCAGUGCGCCCGGGAGGCGGCGAGGGGAGGCGGUUCGCCUCGUCCCUCCCACCCGCGCCUCUUUCUCUCUCUUCCUGCAGCUGGUCCCAGAGCCCGGCUCGGUCCGGUCCCUCUGCCCCAUCUCGCACCCUUCCACCUCCUCCGAGUCCCACUCCUCACCUAGGACGCCCCAAACUGCCAUGGGUUAGGGUGGGGACCGCGACCCGCGCGACAGACCAGCCCUGCGCUUCCACCGGGGGACGCGGAGCCCGAACGCCGCUCGCCGCUCGCGGGCGCCGGGUAUGGGGAGUGCGGUGUGAGCCCGCACCCGGGGAGGACGCAGGAGCUGCGGAGCCGGGCGCGAGGAGGAGGAGAGGAGUCGUGGAUUGCAAGGACCCGAGGGAGAGAGGGUGGGGAAGCGAGAGAAAAGUGAAGCUGGGAGGAGAAGGCGGCGGAAGGUGGGGAUUGAUGCUUCUGUUUUUUGUUGCCGCUGCUGCCCUCGCGCUGGGAGCCGAGCCGGAGGGAAGGCGGUGGAGAGAUGAUUGCAGAGUUGGUGAGCAGCGCUCUGGGGCUCGCCUUGUAUCUCAACACCCUGAGUGCGGAUUUCUGCUAUGAUGACAGCCGUGCUAUCAAGACUAAUCAGGACCUUCUCCCAGAAACUCCAUGGACGCACAUUUUCUACAAUGAUUUUUGGGGGACUCUUCUAACCCACAGUGGCAGCCACAAGUCCUACCGGCCACUCUGCACUCUUUCUUUUCGCCUGAACCAUGCCAUUGGAGGGUUGAAUCCCUGGAGCUACCAUCUUGUCAAUGUCCUGUUGCAUGCAGCCGUCACUGGUCUCUUCACAAGCUUCUCCAAGAUCCUCCUUGGUGAUGGAUACUGGACAUUCAUGGCUGGCUUGAUGUUUGCUUCUCACCCCAUUCACACCGAGGCAGUGGCAGGAAUCGUGGGACGAGCCGACGUCGGGGCUAGUCUUUUCUUCCUCCUCUCCUUGCUCUGCUACAUUAAACACUGUUCUACAAGAGGCUACUCAGCCAGAACCUGGGGCUGGUUCCUGGGGACAGGACUGUGCGCAGGAUGCAGCAUGUUGUGGAAGGAACAAGGAGUGACUGUUCUCGCAGUUUCAGCAGUUUAUGAUGUCUUUGUCUUUCACAGGCUGAAAAUAAGACAGAUAUUACCUACCAUUUACAAAAGGAAGAACUUGUCUCUUUUCCUCAGCAUUAGUUUGUUAACUUUCUGGGGGUCCUCCCUUUUGGGUGCCCGGUUAUACUGGAUGGGAAACAAACCACCAAGCUUUUCCAACUCGGACAACCCCGCUGCUGAUUCAGACAGCCUCCUCACCCGCACGCUCACCUUCUUCUACUUGCCAACCAAGAACCUCUGGCUGUUGCUAUGCCCAGAUACCCUCAGUUUUGAUUGGUCAAUGGACGCUGUGCCUCUGCUCAAAACAGUUUGUGACUGGAGAAACCUACACACUGUGGCCUUCUAUACUGGACUCCUCCUCCUUGCCUGCUAUGGUUUGAAGAGCCCGAACGCAGACCGAGAGUGCAAUGGGAAAACUGUAACAAAUGGCAAGCAGAAUGCAAAUGGACAUAGCUGCCUUUCAGAUGUGGAGUACCAGAACUCAGAGACUAAGCCCAGCUUUGCAUCCAAAGUAGAAAAUGGCAUUCAAAACGAUGUAUCACAGAGAACCCAACUUCCUUCUACGGAGAACAUUGUUGUUCUGUCUUUAUCUUUGUUAAUCAUACCCUUUGUUCCUGCCACGAACCUGUUUUUCUAUGUCGGCUUUGUAAUUGCAGAGCGAGUAUUAUAUAUUCCUAGUAUGGGCUUCUGCCUACUGAUUACAGUGGGGGCCAGAGCCCUUUAUGUCAAAGUCCAAAAGCGAUUCCUCAAGAGCUUGAUUUUUUAUGCUACAGCUACACUAAUUGUUUUUUAUGGACUCAAGACCGUGAUCAGGAAUGGAGACUGGCAGAAUGAAGAAAUGCUGUAUAGGUCAGGGAUAAAAGUAAACCCAGCUAAAGCAUGGGGUAACCUUGGAAAUGUUCUGAAGAGUCAGAGCAAAAUUUCUGAAGCUGAAAGCGCCUACAGAAAUGCUUUGUAUUACCGCAGCAACAUGGCUGACAUGCUUUAUAAUUUAGGGCUACUUCUACAGGAGAACAGCAGGUUUGCAGAAGCACUACAUUAUUAUAAAUUGGCCAUUGGGAGCAGGCCUACCCUGGCUUCUGCAUAUUUAAAUACUGGUAUUAUUCUGAUGAACCAAGGAAAGACUGAAGAAGCCCGACGUACAUUCUUAAAGUGUUCUGAGAUCCCAGACGAAAACCUAAAGGACCCUCAUGCACACAAGAGCUCUGUUACCAGUUGUCUGUACAACCUGGGAAAGCUGUAUCAUGAGCAGGGACACUAUGAGGAGGCCCUUAGCGUAUACAAGGAAGCAAUUCAGAAAAUGCCAAGGCAGUUUGCCCCACAGAGCUUGUACAACAUGAUGGGUGAAGCAUACAUGCGUUUAAGCAAACUCCCCGAAGCAGAACAUUGGUAUAUGGAAUCACUGAGAUCCAAGACUGACCACAUCCCUGCUCAUCUCACCUAUGGGAAGCUGCUAGCUCUAACAGGUCGUAAGAGUGAGGCUGAAAAGCUCUUCUUGAAGGCUAUUGAGCUGGAUCCCACCAAAGGCAACUGUUACAUGCAUUAUGGUCAGUUUCUUCUGGAAGAAGCUCGUCUCAUAGAAGCAGCUGAGAUGGCAAAAAAAGCAGCUGAACUAGACAGCACGGAGUUUGAUGUUGUCUUCAAUGCUGCCCACAUGCUCAGGCAGGCUAGCCUCAAUGAAGCAGCCGAGAAGUAUUAUGAUUUGGCAGCCAGGCUGAGGCCUAAUUAUCCAGCUGCGCUGAUGAACCUGGGAGCCAUUCUGCACCUCAACGGCAGACUCCAGAAGGCCGAGGCGAACUACCUGCGGGCCCUGCAGCUCAAGCCAGAUGAUGUCAUCACACAGUCCAAUCUUCGCAAACUGUGGAACAUCAUGGAAAAACAAGGCUUAAAGACUUCUAAGACCUGACAGAGAAAGAAGAAACCCAUCCUCCUCCAGUUUUAAAAGCUGGCUUCCUUAGCAGACCGAACUUCCCAGCAGUGCGAUGACAAGAGCUGGUGUUGGACUUCAAGACCAGGGCAGAGGUCACUGAGGUCCCUACCACUUCUGGAAGAAUCUGCUUUGCUGACACAGCUGUUAACGCCAAAAAGGGGAUCAUCAGAAACCUCCUGGCAUUCUUAAAAGGGAGGGGUGGGUGUAUAAGUCACAGAUUUUGUUCAUUUCCUGAAAGCUAAUUUCAAAAUUAACUUGUUCCUUAAACACUGUGAGAGGAAGUCAGAGUGUCCAUUCCGCCAUGGUAAACAAUUAGGGUUAAGUGUAACUAGAGAGUGAUAAAGGCGUAGAGCGGGUCCCAGUGAGCCGCUGGUUGUCCUAACGCUGCUGUCUUCCCUCUUUGGGACAGCCUGCUUAUCAGUUUCUGAAGCUUAGAAAAAUUUUUUUGUUUUAAUACUGCAUCAAGAUCUGUCCAAAUCCACUAUCGUUUCUUGACUAGUGCACAUAAUGUUUUAUGAUUUGGAUGUCAGAAGCUUCAUUCAUUUGGACAUUAUUUGCUUUUUAUGUUCUGAACAGGAUAUGGAGAGCAGAGCUAACCAUCUUCACACUCGAGUUGUAUAAGGGACUGGGGAGGCCUUAUAUGUGUCAGGCAGGCAUUUUCAAAAUUUUAAUGUCACCAAUAUUUUCCACCAAGCUGCCCAGUAGAAUUCAUUGUAUUAAUUCUUUUGAAAUUACCUUUUAAAAUGGCUAUUUCUGGAUAAUGUGCAAGCUUACAUAAGCAUAAAGGACAGGGACAUUUGUAAGCCUUCCAGUUCCAAUAACCAAAGCUGUUAGACAAAAGGGAAGGUGUUUUGUGCUUCCGAGAUGUUGCUGGUUAAAAAAUCAACUCUACGCAGAGUGUAUGAUAGUGGUUGCCAGUGAUUUUGUAUUUUGAAAAGAGUAGGUAUCAAAUAUUAAUCACUUUCUAAUAGGUACCUAAACAGCAAUGCUGAAAAAUUUUCAAGGAAUUAUUUUUGUCUUACUUUGUUCUUCUCAAAAGGCAUCAAAACCAACUUAUUUUAAGGUGCAAUAGAGUAUAGCAUUAGACUGCAUGUUUCUAGGUCUUCUGCCAAGUGCUUUUCUCAGUUGAAAACUAUUUCUCACUAGCAAAUUUGGUAUUUUAUUUCAUUACCUGUUAGUAACUACUUCAAUGAUCAUUUCACAAGAAAAAGACUACGAAUUAGGUCAAGAACAACAUUUUUAUUGAACAUUUUUUGGCUUGCAGUUAAACUUUGCCACUAAAACCUAACUUCAUAAAACACUAGUAGUCCAUUAUCAACUUCUUCAUAGAGAAAGUAGCUAUACUAUAUCCUACAUAUUUAUUUAUUUAUUAUUCUACCAUAGCAAAUAACAAAACUUGAUGCAUUAAGCCAGUUUUUUGCAACUGAAAAUCACCUGUUUCUCCUUCCUUUUCACUCCAGGUAUAUAUGAUCAGCAUCUCCAUUAAAAGGAAGCUGGACAUGCAAAUACAUCAUAUUAUGUUUUCUCCAUAUUUUAUGUUUUUCUAUGUAUCUGAAUACAGUGGGAUAAAUAAUUGAAGGUAGUGUUCCUACAGCAUUAGUGUUUUUGUGAGAAGGGCAAAUGUAGUGAGAAAGAUUUUUUCAUGCCAUUAAUAAGAAAGCCCUUCUGUAAGAUAUAUAUUAUUUUGUAAACAUUUCAUUGAAGGGCCAAAAGCUAAAUUAUAAAUUAAAUCACUGUGUUUUCAGAAUGAUAUUUAACAACAACAAACCCAUGAUCAAGCCAAAAUAGUGGGUUGAAGUGUAUUAUUCAUCUUUUAGUGCAUUGGCAAUUGCAAAAAAAAAAAAGGGGGGAAUUUAAUAUAAAGCUAUAGAGAUUAAUUCAGUGUCUAACAUUUGUAUUUAUUUAAAUAGUUAUUGACCUAUGAUGACUUUCUAGUCUUAACAUUUUAUCUUUUUAUUGUUAUUGAUCCUCCUUUCGAAGACCUGGUCCUUAACAGGUUGACUGAAUGCGCAGUUGAGGCACUUCUUGUGACACUGGCUCCCAAGUAGCAUUAAUAAUUGGGCCUGUGUCAUAAAAUGCACGGAUCACUAAUAAUUAAAUGUCCCUGACACUUUUCACUAUAGGGCUGGACUUAGUAACUGACCAACUUGGUGGGGGGAGGGUGGGGAGGGGCAUUAGAACAUGAUCAAAAAAUGUCUCCGCUCAGGGAUUUAUGGUGGAUUAUUGCAGACAGUGCUAAAAAUAUAGAGCACAAGACAAGUUUACUAAAUUAAAAUUUUAUUUUUUGAGAAACUGUUAUUUGUAUAAAUUAUCAAGAUUUGUAGGCUUUCCUUUUGUAGAAAUAAUUGUUUUAUGUGCCAGAGAAUUUCAAUUUUGUUUUCAACAAUAAAGCAUUGAUAACAAAUA